AUGGCCAUUGACAAGGCCGCCGUCCCUUUCGAGCCCGACAAAGAUAUCCCCUCUUUGGAUGGCAAAGUCAUUCUCGUCACGGGCGGCAACAACGGGCUUGGAAAACAAGCUGUUUGCGAAUACGUUCAACACAAUCCCAAGCAGAUCUGGCUUGCGGCGAGAAAUGCCGCCGCUGCUCAGGCGGUAGUGGAUGAGAUACAUCAGUACAAGCCAGACUCGCCGGUCAAGGUUCUUAAACUAGACUUGUCUUCAUUCGAAUCCGUCAAGCAAGCUUCUCAGAGGUUCCUUGCUGAGUCUGACCGACUGGACAUUCUCAUGUUGAAUGCGGGCAUCAUGGCCGCGGCACCGGCUGUCACAGAGAACGGAUAUGAACUUCAGUUUGGCACGAACCACAUGGGCCACGCGCUGCUUACCAAGUUCCUUCUUCCCAUCUUGGAAAAGACUGCAUCAGAGCCCGGUGCCGAUGUCCGGGUAGUAUCUUUAUCAUCCAGAGGACACUACCUAGCUCCAAAGGAAGGCAUCGUAUUUGAUUCACUCAAGACCAAGGCAGACGAGAUGCAGGCAUUUGGAAGAUAUGGACAGAGUAAGCUGGCUAAUGUGCUCUUUGCUCGGCAACUAGCGGCGCAAUAUCCCCAAUUUACCGUCACUGCUAUUCAUCCAGGUGUCGUGAGAACAAACCUGGUCAACGGCAUGUCGGGCGCGGGGAUCGCCUCGAGAGUCCUGGGACCCCUGGCAAGUUAUUUUUUCACUCCGGUGAACCAGGGCGCCAAGAAUCAGCUGUGGGCGUCUGUUGCGAAAGACGUGAAGAGCGGAGAAUAUUACGAGCCGGUCGGUGUGAGCGGGAAGUCGAGCAAGCUUGGGAAGGAUGAAGAUUUGGCGAAGGAGUUGUGGGAUUGGACUGCGCAUGAACUUGAGGGGUGGUCAUUGUAA